ACUGUUUUCACAUUGCCAGCCCCUUUAAAAAUGCACUUCCAUGAUGAAGAUUUGCAAUUGGAAGAUGAUCAGGGCGUGAAUUUGGGACUUGAGAGCAGUUUAACUCUUCGACGUCUUCUAGUCUGGACAUACGAUCCUAAAAUAAGGUUAAAGACCCUUGCAGCACUUGUUGAUCACUGUCAAGGGAGAAAAGGUGGUGAACUAGCCUCAGCAGUUCAUGCCUAUACUAAAACAGGAGAUCCCUACAUGAGAUCUCUGGUUCAGCACAUUCUUGGCCUAGUAUCCCAUCCUGUACUGAAUUUCCUUUACCGCUGGAUUUAUGAUGGAGAGCUGGAGGAUACAUACCAUGAGUUUUUUGUAGCUUCAGAUCCUACAGUUAAAACUGAUCGGUUGUGGCAUGACAAAUACACUUUGAGAAAAUCAAUGAUCCCUUCUUUUAUUACAAUGGAGCAAUCAAAAAAGGUACUCCUAAUAGGAAAAUCCAUAAACUUCUUGCAUCAAGUUUGUCAUGAUCAAACUCCAUCCACAAAGAUGAUUGCUGUGGCAAAAUCUGCAGAGUCUUCAAAAGAUGCUGCUGAUUUGUUCACAGAUUUGGAAAAUGCAUUUCAAGAGAAAAUUGAUGCAGCUUAUUUUGAGACCAGCAAAUACCUGCUGGAUGUGCUCAAUAAGAAGUACAAUUUACUGGAACACAUGCAGGCCAUGAGGCGCUACUUACUACUUGGUCAAGGAGACUUUAUCAGGCAUUUAAUGGACUUGCUCAAGCCAGAGCUUGCACGACCAGCUACGACCUUAUAUCAGCAUAAUCUAACUGGAAUCCUUGAAACAGCGGUGAGGGCAACUAAUGCCCAGUUUGAUAAUCCUGAGAUUCUCAAACGAUUGGAUGUUCGACUUCUGGAGGUAUCUCCUGGGGACACUGGAUGGGAUGUCUUCAGCUUGGACUAUCAUGUUGAUGGGCCAAUAGCAACGGUAUUUACACGUGAGUGCAUGAGCCACUAUCUAAGAGUAUUUAAUUUCCUUUGGAGAGCGAAGCGAAUGGAGUAUAUUCUUACUGAUAUAUGGAAGGGGCACAUGUGCAAUGCAAAGCUUCUGAAAAGUAUACCAGAGCUUUCUGGGGUGCUGCAUCAGUGUCACGUUCUGGCAUCAGAAAUGGUCCAUUUCAUUCAUCAAAUGCAGUAUUACAUUACAUUUGAGGUGCUUGAAUGUUCGUGGGAUGAACUCUGGAACAAGGUCCAACAAGCACAGGACUUGGAUCACAUCAUUGCAGCUCAUGAAGUUUUUCUAGACACAAUCAUAGCUCGGUGCUUGCUGGAUAGCGAUUCCAGGGUACUUCUCAACCAGCUUCGAGCUGUUUUUGAUCAGAUCAUUGAGCUCCAGAAUGCCCAAGAUGCAAUGUACAGAGCUGCUUUGGAGGAGCUGCAGCUGAGAUUGCAAUUUGAAGAGAGGAAAAAACAGCGUGAGCUUGAGGGCAAGUGGGGUGUAACUGCAUCAGAAGAUGAAGAAGAGAGCAAGAGGAUGAAGGAAUUUCAAGACUCAAUACCCAAAAUGUGCUCACAGCUGCGAAUACUCACUCACUUUUAUCAGGGAAUCGUCCAGCAGUUCUUGGUCCUGCUGACAACCAGUUCUGAUGAAAGCCUUCGGUUUCUUAGCUUUAGAUUGGACUUCAAUGAACAUUACAAAGCAAGAGAGCCAAGGCUUCGUGUAUCGUUGGGCACUAGAAGCAGACGAAGCUCACAUAUGUGAAAGGACUGCUAAGGACUGCACCUCGGUAUCCGAAGGAUGUUGAACCUCUUGUUGGACAAGGCAAUCAGUGUUGACAUCAUACAACCAAAUAGUGUGUGAUCGGUGUCUACCAUUUCUGCUGGCAACCUGUUUUCAGUCAUGUGAUUGUGUGACACUGUAUAGCAGAAAGCAAAAAAAAGUGGGGCUUUUUUACACUGACGUUUCUAGAAUUACCAGACUAAAUGGGCUAAUUGAACCUCUUCCAAUCAACUUCUUAAAUCAUCCUUUUAAACAAAUGCCAAUUUUAUUUGAAGCU